GUCUCGAUGUUGUUUACUUACAGAAGUCGGUGUUGCUGUUCAUGGAUCUUGUCGGUAAGUCGUGGUAGACGCUAAAAAUCGCCGUGUUGAUCCUUUGAGUCACUCUUUGCUCUCGUUGAGGCCGACGUUAAACAUGUCGUCUGUGGGAGUUCUUCAUAUGCUUCCAGCCGCAGAGAACCCGGUGAAGAUGAGUAAAACCGCGGCUGCAGGUCCGAGGAGAGCUGCUCUUGGAGAGAUUACCAACGUUCCUGAAGCAGCAGUCAACGCAAAGAGGUCGGGCCGAGCCAAAGCAUCAGCCAAAGCAUCAGCCAAAGCUUCUUGUGGCCAAAAAGCUGCACCCACUCAGGCGGUUCAUCCAGCAGUCCGGGUCCAGGCACCUGCAGACCCCCUCCCUCCAGUUUCAGAGGAGUCUGCUGACGUGUCCAUGAAGGAGGAGGAGCAGCUGUGCCAGGCUUUCUCUGAAGCGCUGCUCGCCGUGGAGGACGUCGACGAGCAGGACGCAGACCUGCCACAGCUCUGCUCGCAAUACGUCAAAGAUAUCUAUAAUUAUCUGCACGACCUGGAGGUGCAGCAGGCCGUACGAGCCAACUACAUGCAGGGUUAUGAGAUCACCGAGCGCAUGCGAGCUCUUCUCAUCGACUGGCUGGUCCAGGUUCACUCCAGGUUCCAGCUGCUGCAGGAGACUCUGUACCUCACAGUUGCCAUCCUGGAUCGUUUUCUCCAGGUCCAGCCGGUCUCUCGCAGAAAGCUGCAGCUCGUCGGCGUGACUGCCAUGCUGGUGGCCUGUAAAUACGAGGAGAUGUACGCUCCGGAGGUCGGAGACUUCGCCUACAUCACGGACAACGCGUUCACAAAGUCUCAGAUUCUGGAGAUGGAGCAGGUGGUCUUGAAGAGCCUCGGUUUCCAGCUUGGACGUCCUCUUCCAUUGCACUUCCUCAGACGGGCGUCCAAGGUGGCCAGUUCUGAUGUAGAGCGACACACGCUGGCCAAGUACCUGAUGGAGCUGACCCUCCUCGACUACCACAUGGUGCACUAUCGGCCCUCCGAGAUCGCUGCCGCCUCCCUGUGUCUCUCCCAGCUGCUGCUUGAAGGGCUGCCGUGGUCUCCUACGCAGCAGCACUACUCGACAUACGACGAGGCCCAUCUGAAGCCGAUCAUGCAGCACAUCGCCAAAAAUGUCGUGAUGUUGAACGACGGGAAGACAAAGUUCCUGGCUGUGAAGAACAAGUACUCGAGCAGCAAACUGAUGAAGAUCAGCCUCAUCCCUCAGCUGAAGUCGGCCGUCGUCAGGAACUUGGCGGCUGCUGUGCUCAAUUCCUGAGGUGAACUUUUACCUGUCGGAGGACGUUUCUCGUGUACAGUAUUUUUAUAUUGUGAUUGUGACUUGUGGCGGAACACCUACUUUUAAUAAAAUGUUUUUAUAAUUUUUGACACAAGCGUUGGUUUGUUCAGAAAUCUGGUACUCGGUGGUUUCCCUGCAGAAAUCUUUCACCCCCCCAGCAAAGAGUGGACACUGAGAGUGGGAUUUGAAACUAAACUAAAAUCAUCUGUGAUCUUGUCUAGUAACUGGAACGGUGUUCCACCUCAGUGUCUGAAGCCUUAUUUGUGUUUUGGUUUUCCUCUGGAUAUUUGCAAAGUUACAUGUGAUUUUGAUGUCCUGUUAUGUCUGUUUUCCAUAUUUUGUGCAAUAAUGUACAUUCAGGUUGUGGCCUACAUUUCAUAGUGUUCAACUUAUGGAUGUUUAUAAUUUUGAUCUCCAUUCAGAUUAAAUUGUUUUGAUAAUCACA